CAUGUGCGGCGUGGCUCUCAGCGGCGUCCGCCUACAUAUGUGAAUGCCGGUCUCACCUGGAUGUAGGUUUCUGUCAGUUUCCACUGAAGUACUUGUAACUUUGUUUUCGUGUGAAUUAGAAUAUCACCUUGCAUCCUUGUAGCGUUCAGAGGCUAUUUCACAGAACUUAUUAAUUUUCCAUUUUAGUUUAUUUCUUAGUCGUCAGAGAAAACGUUCGUGUACAAAUUGUGGAAAACCACGUCAUCUCAAGCAUAGUUGAGCCAAGCGGACUGACCGAAGUCCGAGGGUUUUCUCUAGUUAUUCAAAUUCAGUGAAAAGGAUUUAAGGGAAAAUGGUACUGAGACGAAACUACGGAGUCCUUUCUUAUUCAAAAUUUUACACAAUUCUAAUCGCAAUAUUGGCCUGCACACAACAAACCAUCGCAUCAUGUAUGGGUUGUGUUGAGCUCGAUGAAAUAUCCUUUGAUAAAAUGAUUGGACAUUUUAAAUAUUCGCUAGUGAAAUUCGACAUAGCCUUUCCUUAUGGGCCGAAACAUGAAAUCUACGGAGAGUUCGCUAAAAAGUAUGGUCCAAAAAUUGAUGACUUACUCGUGAGUUUGGUCGGCGUUAAGGAUUAUGGUGAGAAGGAGAAUCGUAUCCUUGCGCAACGUUAUGCUGUCGACGAAAAGGCUUAUCCCGCAAUUAUUCUGUUCCUGGAUAGUGAUAAUCAGAAGUAUGUGAAAUAUCCUAGUGAUUUAGAGAUUACAGUGGAUAAUAUCAAACGGUUUGUAACACAACAUACGCAUAUAUAUAUACCCUUGGAAGGAUGUAUAGAAGGAUUCGACAAGCUUGCUCGGGAUUUUGCACAGAAAACAAUUGGAGAACAAAGUGAAAUUCUUGAUAAGGCUAAGGAGAAGUUGGAAGAGCUCGAGACUGAGACCAAACAACGUGCCCAAGUCUAUGUCCGUUUUAUGGAAAAAGUCAUCGAAAAAGGUGGAUCAUAUCAAUUUAUCCUGGAUGAACGUAAACGUAUUGAGAAACUACUCAAAGAAAAAAUCAGUGACAAUAAGAAAAAGGAAUUGACACAUAAAUAUAAUAUUUUACAAUCAUUCCGUAUUGAGGAGGAUAAGAAAGAUGAAUUAUAAUCAAUCCACUUCCAAAACUUAUAAAACAAAUAGAAAAAAAAACUAAGAAGAAGAAGAAGAAUUUCAAAAAAUAGGUAGACAACAAUAAGUGAUACGUUCGAAUAUCAUUUUUUAAGGGGCUAGUUGUAAUAUAAUAUAAAAGGGGAGAAAGAAAUAAUCAAAUGACUGAAAAUGUAUAAUUCCAUUAUUUUUAUGUCAAUAUUUAUCUAAGCUAUUUCACCUUGGGGGCGUAUUUAUUUAAAUAUUUAUCGUUGAAAUGAUGGCUUUCUUGAUGAAAGAGAAGAGUCUUUAUUUUAUUGAAAAUGAUAUAAAUGGUAUUUUUUUGGGAUCCCGUUUGUUUUAAUAGAGGGAAAAACAUGAACAUAUGUAUUUUAUUAUAUUUAUAAUUAUUUUUAAAAAAAAGUGGAAUAAACGGCCUCAUUUAAUGGGUA